AGGUAAAUUCUCACUUCUGGUGACAAUGUAUGACUUGAAAGCAGAUGAUGGAUUAGCAGCUUUUGAUGGACAUUUGAAGGAUUUUGCAUAUGCAUCCGGAUACACACCAUCUGGCGAUGAUGUGCAGCUGUUCAGGUUGCUCAGCUCAGAACCAGCUAUGAAAUAUGUUAAUGUUUUACGAUGGUAUCGGAAUAUAGGAAGUUUUAGCGACGAGGAAAGAAAAUCGUGGCCUGCCCCGAUGACUUCUGUUAACGCAGUUCUCGAGAAGGAAGAGCCUAGCGAAGAUAUUGAUUUAUUCGGUUCAGAUGAUGAAGAUGAUGAGGAAAAAGCACGCAUAACCGCUGCACGACUGAAGGCUUAUGAGGAGAAGAAAGCGAAAAAGCCCGCUACGAUUGCCAAAUCGAAUAUCAUUUUUGAUGUAAAACCGUGGGAUGAUUCAAUCGAAAUGGCCGAUAUUGAGAAGAAUAUAAGAACGAUCGAACUGGAUGGACUUGUUUGGGGAGCGGCGAAAGUUUUGCCCGUAGCUUAUGGCAUCAAAAAACUUCAGAUCUGUUGUGUGGUGGAAGAUGAGAAAGUGUCCUCGGACUGGUUAGAAGAGCAAAUUGUAGGUUUCGAUGAUUUAGUGCAGUCGGUUGAUAUCGUAGCAUUUAACAAAGUAUAAGUAAUAGCGAAUGUUUUAUUGUUGGUGUUUGUUGAAGAAUAAA